UCUCGUUCCUUAGUUCGUUUUUCUUUACUCAGGAUCUCACUAUUCGAUACUUUGUGUUCUGUAUAAUUAAUGAAAUUUAGAAGAAUCUGUUUGUUUAUAUAGUAUAUAAAAAAAUUGUCAGUGAAUUUAUUGAAAUUUUCAUUUUACUUUUUUUUCUAAAAUGAAUGGUAUCAUUCUUUGAUUUGUAUUUGAUUUGUAAGAAACUUGGUCCUUGUUUGACAAUGAAGAUAAAAUUUCUUUGUAUAAAUACUCUUUCCCGUUCUCUGACUAAAUAUAAAUCGCGAAGUUAUUAGUGGAAAGUUUAUAGGUUUUUGAACCAAAAGACUCCUUGCUGUGAUGGAAAUAUAGUGUCGUGAGAUUUAUGAGUACAAUCUGUGUUUAAAAAUUUCUCGAAUCUUUUGUCAUCAAUAAAAUUAAAAUAUGAAUAUGAUGCAUAGAGAAACUGUGAAAUAAAUAUUCGAUUCUAAGAAAAUUAUUUUAAUUUUGGGUCAAGAUUAAUAUAACUCUUAAAUUAAUAUAUAUUAUUGUGAUGUUUACAAGAUUUUUCAAAAUUUACAAGAUUUUUCUAUAUAUUUCAGAAUUAAACUACAGAAUUAUUAAAAGUUUUUGUAUCGUUUAUUAAAUUAUAUAAUUUCGCUCAAAUUAAUAAUAAUAAUUAUUGAAAGAAAACUUACUAUAAUUCUUAGUAAUUCUUAGCAAGCCAACAAGCUUGUCAUUUUGUUAACAACCGUUAGAAGAAUGUUGGAAAAUAGGACGUGCAGUGUAUAUAAAUAAACCGAUGAUUGUAUAUUCAAACAUCACAAGAAAUGAACGAACAAAUUCGGGAUUUCUCUCAAUUGACGAAAGAGCUUGCUGCAGCCCGCGAAAGUAUUCUAGAAAGAGAAGAAGAAAUAUCAGAGUUAAAAGCGGAGAGGAAUAAUACUCGUCUUCUGCUCGAGCAUCUGGAAUGUCUGGUUUCCCGACAUGAACGAUCGCUUAGGAUGACUGUAGUGAAGAGGCAAGCCGCUGCACAAUCUGGAGUAUCGUCCGAAGUUGAAGUGCUUAAAGCUUUAAAAAGUCUGUUUGAGCACCACAAAGCUUUAGACGAGAAAGUACGUGAACGAUUACGAGUUGCAUUAGAAAGAAAUACAAGUUUGGAAGAAGAAUUAGCUAUUACCAAAGAAGAGCUCCAACAAUAUAAAUUAAGUGGACAUGCGCCUAAAACUAUAGAAGAUAGGCCCAAGGAAAACGGACAAACGGAAGAUAGUCAACAACAGAAUAAGAAUGAGACUGAGCAGGCAGCAGGCCAGCAGCAACAACAACAGCAACAACAACCACAACAGCAACAGCAACAACAACAGCAGUCAAUACAAAAACUAGGUACGGAGAAGUCAACAGAGAUUGAAAGUAGACUGAGCAAUGGCAGUCUCGAUCCUACGGACCAAGAUUCUGCAGCGCGCGUAAUAGAUUUACAAGCUACUCUUGAUAAGCAGAGCUCAGAAUUGAGCACAUGGCAGCGACGAGUAGCUGAAUUAAGUGGACGAGUAGCAGAAUUGGAAGAAACUUUGUCCAAAACUCAGAAAGAUCUUUUGAAAACACAAGAAACGAAUGUCAAACUACAAAGAGAUUUGCGCGAAAAUGUUGCUCAAAAAGAGGACCAAGAAGAGAGGAUAGCAACUCUUGAAAAACGUUAUCUUAAUGCUCAACGAGAGUCUACUAGUUUACAUGAUCUCAAUGAAAAAUUGGAACAGGAGCUACAACAUAAGAAGGCUCAAUUAAAGCUCCAAGAAGAAAAAAUAGCAGCAAUACAGGAGAAAUUAGAACUUGCAGAGCAAAAAUUAGCCCAAUAUGCUAAGUUACCAGAAAUGGAAGAGCAAUUAAAGCAAAGAAUGGAGGCUCUGACGCAGGUGAGGAGGCCCAACCAGCAGGCUCAAGAAAGACACGGAAGUGCAGAGGAUAGAAUACAGAGGUUGGAAACGCAACUUGAAGAAAAAAAUGCAGAAGUGAUGCGUGUUAAUCAACGACUUAAGAUGAACGAAGAACAUAAUACGCGACUUAGUACAACUGUUGAUAAACUUUUGUCGGAAUCUAAUGAAAGAUUACAAGUACAUUUAAAAGAAAGAAUGCACGCAUUAGAAGAAAAAAAUGCACUUACACAAGAAUUGGAAAAGACUAGGAAAAUUGCAGAAGAUCUUCAAAAUGAAAAGGCUGACAUAGUUAAAGAAUUAGGAAAAGCUCGUUUAGAAAUUGAUAAUGUAAAAAGACAGAUGCUUCAGCAGGAAAUCGCAUUUAAUAUUCAACAAACUGAUGCUUUAACUAGAAGUUUAUCUCCAAAUGCAGUAGAUCCAGGUUCCUUUUCUAGAAGUGCAAGUCAUAGUAGUUUUGAUACUCAUUCUUUACCAAGAAGAACGGGUAAACGGCCUGCAAUCGAAGAAGAUCCAUCAAAGAAUUAUGUAGCACGUACAUUAGCGGAACAAGAAUGGGAAAAGUUACAACAAGCACAUGUUCUUGCAAAUGUGCAACAAGCAUUUGAUGUGUCUAGUGAUGCAGAAGGUGAUGGAGAUAAUGAAAGUUUGUUUAGUUGUGCAGCUGAUGUAAUUAGUCCUACAGGACAUACAGAUGCUCAAACAUUAGCACUAAUGUUACAAGAACAGUUAGAUGCAAUUAAUAAUGAAAUUAGAUUAAUCCAGGAAGAAAAACAAAGUACCGAAGCACGAGCUGAAGAAUUAGAGUCCCGAGUUGGUAGUCUUGAACAUAUGAAUUUAUUAGCGAGAGGACGAAGUCUUGAACGUGCAUCUCCACCAUUAAGUGGACGAUCCACUCCAAAAUCACAUCAUAGUCCAAAUAGAGAUUAUUUACAUAAAUAUCAUACUGCACCGGCAUCAAUGUCUCCAGCGCAUCUUCACCAAUAUGCUGCUUCUUUAGCUAGUCCAGGUCAACUUUCAGAAUCUCUUCCUGCGAGCCAGUUGCAGUUAUCAGGUGAAGAAUUACAUUCAGUGAGUGAAAGAGACAGUACUGGUGGUGCAGGAAGUGGUGGCAGCGAUGCAGCUUCACCAUUAACUGCUCGAUCAAUCAGGCUAGAACGAGUAGCACAAGUCCUUGCUCAUAGUCAAGAGGAGCUCAGAAGACGCACUGGACAAGCCGGAUUUCCCAGCAGUGGUUUUCCUGCUCACAGGCAUGGGCAACAUAACAACGGCGCACUCAAUUCUGGGACUCCCCCUUCCCCAUUGUCCUCACGACAUAGCAGCCAGGACAGUUUGCAUAAAAACAAUUUGUCUGGUGUUGGAUUACCAAUUGGACAACUGUCUAGUUCACAUUUGCAUAUGCAAUCUACCAUGAGUCCAGCAACAGCAGCAGCAGUGGCUGCAGCUCAAAAGAAGAAAGGCAUUAAAAGCAGUCUUGGUAGAUUUUUCAGCAAAAAAGAAAAGAUUAAAGGAAAAGAUACACCAAUGCCUGGAGAUAUACCAGGUAUGGGAGGAGCAGGUACACCUGCAGAUCCUGAUUAUGGAGAUAGUGUUUCUGUAGCUGGAACUAUGGGUAGUAAAAGUGAUUUUGAUCGCAGAAAAAAGAAAAGUCCAAGUAUGUUUGGAAGUAUGCUAGAUUCUUCACGGCACGAACUUUUGGCAGAAGCAAUGAAAGCUGGAACACCGUUUGCUCUCUGGAAUGGGCCAACAGUAGUGGCUUGGCUUGAGCUUUGGGUAGGCAUGCCGACAUGGUAUGUUGCGGCUUGUCGAGCAAAUGUCAAAAGUGGUGCCAUAAUGAGUGCUCUUAGUGAUACCGAGAUUCAACGUGAAAUUGGUAUAAGUAAUCCUUUGCAUCGAUUGAAAUUACGAUUAGCUAUUCAAGAAAUGGUAUCUCUUACAAGUCCAUCAGCACCAAAAACUUCUCGCACAACGUUAGCAUUUGGAGAUAUGAACCAUGAAUGGAUUGGUAAUGUUUGGCUUCCAAGUCUCGGUUUGCCUCAAUAUCGAUCCACUUUCAUGGAGUGCCUUGUUGAUGCUAGAAUGUUGGAUCAUCUUACUAAAAAAGACCUUCGUGGUCAACUUAGGAUGGUUGAUAGUUUUCAUAGAACAAGUUUGCAAUAUGGUAUUUCAUGUUUAAAGCGAUUAAAUUAUGAUAGGCAACAAUUAGAAGAAAGAAGACGAAUGGCAGAAGGUGCUAAUGUUGAUGUUCUUGUAUGGAGUAAUGAUCGCGUUAUAAGAUGGGUGCAAUCUAUCGGCCUGAAAGAAUAUGGGAACAAUCUCUUAGAAUCUGGUGUACAUGGAGCUCUUAUAGCCCUUGAUGAAAGCUUCGACGCAAAUAGUUUUGCUCUAGCUUUACAAAUUCCAACCCAAAACACACAAGCUCGACAAUUGUUAGAAAUGGAGUUCACAAAUUUAUUAACUGUAGGAACAGAAAGGCGGCUUGAUGAAUCCAAUAAUAUGAAAUCCUGAUCCAACUCGUCCAGCAGGUUGCCUCAUCUUCAACCGCAUCACGUCUAGUCCAAAACCCCAGCUAUUACUAUUCUCUGUAUGCAAGUGUGUUGUAAAAGUUGUAAGAGCUUUAAGUAUCAUUCUAAGGAUAUCUUCAUACUGUUAAGAGUUGUGACAUGCGGUGAUAUGAAAAAAUGAUUGGACAAACAAACUGUUAAAAGAAAAGGAUGAUUUAUCGUAUGUUCAAGAAGAAAAUUUAAAACGUUUUAUCAAUUUUUAUGUCGCGUAAAUUUCAUAAACCGCUUGUUACGUAUUUCGGAUAAAAAAUAGUAAUUCUGAAUUACUCUCAUAUAGAUACUGAAAUAUAGUGAGCGGUCAGAGAAUCGUAAAAUAUAUUUUUCCUCGAAAGCCAAAGAAUCAGUUAUAUAUAAUUACGACAAUAAUUCUAAUUUCACAUUGAUUUUUUAAGAAUAGCAAGAUUUGUAGUUUUCGAAAUAAUGAAUAUUAUGAUAGUUCAUAAACUUUUUCAAGAUAUAAUCGCAUAUUUCUUAUACUAUAUUAUGUACUUAUACUAUGUAACAAAUAGUUAAAACAACUAUCUAUUUUGAUAAUACCACUUACCGCACAAAAUAAAAAUCCCAAACUUAUAUUAGUGCCAUUAACGCUCUCGAGGAAACAAUCUAUAUAUGUACAAGGAAAAGACUGCAUUCUAUAUUUCUGCAUCUAUAAGACAGUGAUCUAAUGAGCCAUAUAUAUAUAUAAAAAAAAAUAUAUAUAUAUAUAUAUAUAUACAUAUUAUUUCAUACAGAAGGAGUGCUGAAAUAUUUGUUCUCCUCUGUUAUUUCGAUGAAUUUUAAAUGUUUGUAGAUCACAUAUAAACACGUAUAUAUCAAAGAAUUACACUGAAGCAACUAUCGUAAUUAGAAAAUUAUUUGACAACCAGUUGCAUGGACGUGUUUAAAAGAACUCGCUUUUUAUUUAUUGUGGACUAAGGAACGGACAUUUUAUACCAAAAUAAUCGCGCAAUGUAUAAGUACGUGUACGAAAUGUUAGUAGAUGUUAUAAAAUUAAGGAACUUUGUAAUUUUAAUUAAUAAUUGAAUUCUAUCAAUCAGUCAUAUAUCAUUAAAUGAUUAUUUCACAUUCAUUAAUUUUGUUUAAUCAUAAAGAAAUCAUAUAUCAUUCGGUAUUUUUUUAUUUAUUUCAAGAAAGAAUUUUGAUACUUCAUUUGUAAAUAUUCUUUAUAUUAUUUCAAAGUUCCGAUAUUAUCAUUAGACUCGAUCGGUAGUGUAAAAGAAUUCACAAAGAUAAAAAGCGUUAUAAAUAUAAUAAAAUCACGAAAGUGUAAAAAAAAAGAAAGAAAGAACAAAAAGUAGGUAUGGCCAUAAAUAUUAUUUAACAAUAAUGACGAUGUUGCUGAAGACAAUGAUUGCGAUGAUAAUUAUAAUUACUCAUUACAAAAUGUUAUCAAGCUAAAGUGUGGCAAAAGACUGAGACUAUGACAGUGACUUUAAUGAUAAAACUGGUCAUGAUAGAGACGAUCACAAUAAUGAUGAUAAGUUAUAAUGGGAUGUUGUUAAUGUUGUUGAUACUUGAGGAAUCAUUGUUGUUGAUGUUUGUUUCCCUCUGAAGUACCCUCUGCAAGCUGUUCAUUCGUUGUAACUUCAUUGCUCUGCACGACCUUCCGAAUGGGCGCAAACGUACCAAAUAGUUUCUACCAAAGAAAUCACUUACUAUGCAGUACGAUAAUUGUACAAUCGUACAUCAUAGUAUAUUGUCAAGAAUAUAACGUUAACACUCGACAUAUGUACGCAGUAGAAAGAUCAAAAUAUGUCUUACAUGUAAAGAUCAUAAUGUACAGUCUCAUCUUUCGGCGUGUAGUAUUUUUCUUUUUUCAAGUACCACCGAUCAGUUGAAAUAUUUCUAGAUAAUCAGAAAGACUCGCUAAGCCAAAGCAACGUUACGCUACCUCAAUACUGAGACAAGGUGGUACAUUUGUUUUUUUUAUAUAAAUAUUUUAAUAACUGGUUCUAAGAUUUUUGUCAGUUAAUUUUUAUAAUAUAUUAAGUUCGAAUUUCUUACUAAUCUUGCGUGAAAGAUAAAUCGUCGUAGUGAAAACGUUUUCGUGUAAAUUAUAUUAGAUAGUUGUUAGAAGAAGCCAAUUAUCAAGAAAAUAAAAGAACAACGAUUAAUUUGAAACUGCACGCGCAUUUAGUUAUUUUAGUGACACUGAAUGAUUUCCCAAAUACUAUAGAAAAGAUUAUUCGAGAUAAAACAUUUUUAAUAGUAUUACAAUAUAUAUCUUUUUUUGAUCCUAUAAUGUAAUGCUAUAUGAUUGUACAGAACUAAUUUGUACAAAUGAAUAGAUAUACAAAGCUGUGUCACUUUGUGAAACAAAAUGGCCGUCUCUCCCUUUCGGAAGUGUCUGCAGUACAUGUAAAUGACUGAACUUAUUUUUAAUGUACGCUAGUUAAUAGUGUCUAUGGACAUUCCAAGGAAAAAAAAAUAAAAGCAACCCUUCCAAAAACAGCCACAUUUAUAAUCGUAUCAUGACUUAAUAUAUAACAGCUUUGUCGUCUUCUAUGUAUUUAACUAUAAAUAUAUACAUAGAUGCAAAAUUUCGCUUGAAUCGAGCCUCCGACUGCUCGGUAUCGAAUAGAGCUUGAAUAAACAGAACAAAUAGUAACCACAUGCGUAAUGUUUUUACUAAAAAAAAUAGUGAAAAAUUGCUUAAACUUAGACUUUCUCUUGCUUUUACUUUUCUUCAAUUUGAAAUAGGAGAUUUCUUUUUAAAUGUUCAUGCUAAUAAAAAAAUGAAUUUUAACUAUUGUCUUCAGCAAUGCUGAACGAAUAUUUUUAUUUUAAUUAAACAUAACUUUAUAUGUUAUAUAGGAAAUUAACAAUACUUAAAGAAAGACAUUUGUAAUGUUUAAGUUUCUUUAUUAUCAGUUUACACAUAUCAUUAAGAUUGUAAAAAAUAUAGGAAAAUUGAGAAAUUACAUUAAAUGAAGUAUUUUUUUUCUGUAUAAUUAAUUUUUGGUUCCUAGGAAAAAUAUAUAUGAUAAUACAUAGUAAAAACAUACACAUAAAUCAUAUGUAAUACUGUGAUGUAACAGCUGUAAUAUAUGUUAUUUCACAUUGUAUUUUUUCCUUUGUACACUUUUUGUGUGCUCAAUUCGGCCGAACUGCCGGAAGAAGUUCGACGUUAUUCUGGAUUUUUGUACAACAUAUGUUUGUGAGUGUUAUUGCUAGUAUUGUAAAUAUGUAUGCGCGCGUGCACAUGUGUGAAUGUGUAUGUGUAUAUAUCUUUCCCUGUAUAUAUAUAAAUUAUUUAUUAAUAUCUCUGUAAUUUUUAACGUUUCAUUGCAAGCCCAAUGCAGCUAAAUAUACUAUAGUUUUAAUAUAGUUUGAACAAAUGUUAAAUUACUAUUAAAUAUUUAACUUUAAUUUUGGAUGAAUAUUAUAAUGAAUUUUAUUGAAUUGUAUCUAUGUAAUUGAAUUUUAGAUUAAGUUGCUACAGUAACUUAAAAUAAAAAUCAUGAGUUUUAAAUCGUCGCACUAUAUCUACUAAUGAAUAUCUACUAAUGAAAUAUAACAAAUAUUUUAUAAAUUUAUUUAUUCACAAGCAAAUAUUAUCAUUUAAAGUUAAGAAUAGCACAUGAAUCAUUGGGCUGGUUUUAAACGAGACGAAAAGAAAAUAUUUAAUUUAAAUGGCAUUUUUGUCAGAAUCAUCAGUCACAAAAUAAACUAUGAUUUAAUUCAAAAGAUUUGAUCUAAGAUUUGAUCAUAAGUAAUACAUCAUUUUAAAAAAUUUAUUUUGUAUGAGAUGAUUCUAUAUAGAUGCUUAUCACUAUCAUAUAUGUAAUUAUAUUAAUUCUUAUUUAUAUCUAAUUAUUUUACUUUUAUUGAGUAGUCAGGUAAUAUAACUGUGCCAGCAUAAAAAAUUGCAAUUGUGUUAAUAAGCAGUUAAUUAUCAAAGAUUUCUAAAUGUGAAGUAGUAUAAAACUAUACAUAUAUAUAUUUGUAUGUUUUAUAUAUAUGUAUGUAUAGUAUGAUACACAGUGCAUAAACAAAUAAAUUUUUAAAUGACCAAAAUAUUUGGGGCUGGUAAAAUAUUUAAUUAAAUUUUAAAUUGUUACAAUUUUAGUUAAAAUUUACAAAUUUACAUUUAAAAUUGUUCUUAUAAAUCAGUUUUUAUGCAAUUUGUACUUAUUUAUUCAUCAAGAAAUUUUUGUAACUAAUAUAUAUAUUCCAUAUUCCAGAAUAAUUUUAUAUUUAAAAAGUAUAAAAAAUAUUGUUUCUAGCAUUUGCAAAGCACUUUAAAUAAUUUAAUUUUUUUUAAUUAUAUUUAUUUCUUUAAAAUAUUUGUAAUUCUUUUUUGAAAAUAAAUAGAAAUAAACAUGAACAUUAUAUUAUUUCAUUUUUAUGUAUAAUGAACUUCAAAGUUUAUUAAAACUUUAAAUAUAUUUAUAAAUAUACAUAUGUAUGUAUAAAAAUGAGAAAAUAAUGUGUGUGCAUGAAAAAAAUGAAGAAUUAUUAAAAUAAUAUUAUGUAGUGCUUAAAUAAGUGCACUGUGCAUAUUUCAUUUUUUAAUUUUUUAUUUAUUUAUUUUUUUUUAAGUUCUUCACAUUAUGUAUAUACUACUUCACGUUUUCUAUAAUGAAUGUAAAAUAGUGUAUUUCAUAUUGACAUAAAGCAUUUUUUCAGCUGUGAUGUUAACAAUAGGGAAUUCAUAUAGAGAUGCAAAACAAAAAAGUAUAAUAGAGAUGAAUUUCGUGUUAUAUUUAUUAUAAUGACAAUUCAGUAUUAUAAUAUAUACCAAUGUUUUUGCAAACUAAGAAUUCUACUAGUUAACAUCAUUGCUAACAAAAUAUGAAAAGAAACUAUGAAACAACAUAUAUUUAAAAAAAUCACAAUGAGGCACAAAAGUAGUAGGAGAAAAAAGGCAAUGAAUAAUAUUUGUAUCCAAAAUAUAUUGGAAUCUUAAGCAACCAAGAAUUGAAUCUGAGAUUUCAUGCAAGUAUACGUAUGAAAAAAAAACUAAAACCAUGAAAAAUAAGACGGUAACAAAGUAUAUUAUCGGAUGAUUAAUUAUAAUGUUAUUGCUACCAUUACUGCUGCUAGUGCUAUGAUUACUAUGAUUAUUAUUAUUAUUACUACAACUACCAUUAUUGCUAUAACUAUCAUAACUAUUACUAUAAUUACAGCUAAUAUCAUUACCAAUAUAAAUUGUCCUUGUAAUUUUUAUAUGCUAAGUAUAUACUUUAAUAGGAUAAAUGAAAAAGAAUGGGAAAUGAGUCACAAUAAAUGUAACAUAAUAGCCCUACUUGAUUUAAGGAGGGCACAAACUAUGUUAACUGAACUAUGAAUUAUAAAUAUUGUAUAAGACGAUAAAUAAUAAUUAUUAUUAUCAUUAUUAUAAUUAUUAUUAAUUGAAUUAGAAAAUUGUAAUCUACCCAUCAACCAUUUUCAAAUAAGGGAGAUUUAAGUCUGUAAUUCAUGUAUAACAAAAAUCAAGCUGUACAAUGUUGUUGUUUA